AUGACGACAUCCGCUGGAACUGUCGUCUCUCGCAUCGAAUCCAUCCUGGAGGCUAUCCUGGACUGCGUGGCUCAAGGACAGGAGCUCAGCAUCGACUUUGUGUCCAAUAGAUCAGGAUUAGGAAAUAGCCCGCAAACGGUCCGUUUUCCAGGAAGGACUGCGGUGGAAGCCACAAAGUUUGCCCGGAUACUUCUCAUCCUGCAGCUCGCCCACGAUGCUCUCGUCUCAGGAACAGUAUUGACCAAGCGUCACAUUUUCUACCAGCAUCAGGGGCUUUUCGUGAGGCAAAGAACUGUAGACGAGCUGGUGGACAACCUUGCCUCUGCACUCAACGUUCGACGUGACGACUUGAACAUUGUUGCAUCUUCCAAGGGCGUUUUCUCGGGACCUCUGAGUAUUCGGCUCCAGGACAACACAGUGAUUGGUCCCACUACCGGAGAUGUGGGAAUCGCAUUGCCGUCAGCUGGGUCCAUUGUAGCCAUUAGCUGUGAAACCAUCCGAUGGAUACUAAUCGUUGAAAAAGAUGCAACGUAUCGUUCUUUAACCUCUUGCCUGUUUUGGCAAACAUCAUGUCUUGGCCCUGGGCUCCUCAUAACGGCAAAGGGAUACCCAGACAUGCUCACAUGUGCGUUUGUGCAGCUGAUUCGCUUCAAUUGUCCGCAUAUAACAAUCUUCGUCUUGGCUGAUUACGACCCUGAUGGACUCAAUAUUCUUCGACACUACCGCCUCAAGUCGGAGAUUGCAUCUGAAGGCUUUACGGCUCCGGCAAUUCGCUGGCUAGGAAUCAAAUCUCAGUCGUCCAAAGAAAGUACCGGCUCCAAAACCUCCAUCUCGUCCACUGAGUGUCGUGAACCAAUUUCACCCCUUUCAACACGAGAUCGAAACGUCGCCGUUGGAAUUUUAAAAAAGCUUGUAGACUCUGGAGAUGAUCCCACGGCCGUCAAACUUGGACGAGAGCUUCAGGUUAUGUUGAUGAUGGGAAUCAAGGCUGAGAUACAAUGGCUGGAUGAAGCAGGCAAUUUGACAGAAUGGCUUGAUACCAAGAUUGGGCAGAUGCUUUUGGGUGCUUGA